UUAAAUAAGUUAGCCAAAUAUCCCAAAAUGUCAAAAAAACUUCUGCAGUUUGAACCGUCGCCGGCUAUUCUCUUCCGCCGCCGCUGCUGUUGCUCAGAAUCCCUUCAUUUUCGGCCUUCUUCCUCGUUUCGUUCACCUGCUGCUCACACUCGUCACUUCCAAGCAAUCUACUCUCACUCUUCUUCACCUUUUUCCCUCGUAUUUGUCUGUUAACAACACUCCUCUUCCCCGUUUCCACUUGCGAUUAAAGUAAAUUGGAGUUGCUCUAAUCGUUUUAAAAUGGAAGAAUCUCCCACACUUGGAAAGCGGAAAGAAUUUGAAGAAGAAGCAGCUGUCGUAGAAACUGGCAACAACCAAGAAACGAGCUCCAAUAAGCGACCUAAAGAAUCGAAAAACCUAGAAGAUGUGAAGGCAACUCCGACUCAGGAAACUGUCUCCAACCGACGCAGUUUGACGCGGACUUGUGUUCAUGAAGUUGCGGUCCCGGCUGGGUACACUUCUACCAAGGACGAGUCGCUUCAUGGAACCCUAUCGAAUCCGGUUUUCAAUGGUACAAUGGCGAAAACGUACCCGUUUACACUCGACCCGUUUCAGCAGGUAUCGGUUUCUUGCUUAGAACGGAAUGAAUCUAUUUUGGUUUCUGCUCAUACUUCAGCUGGAAAAACUGCGGUUGCUGAAUAUGCCAUUGCCAUGGCUUUUAGAGACAAGCAGAGGGUUAUAUAUACUUCCCCACUGAAGGCUUUGAGUAAUCAAAAGUAUAGGGAAUUGAGUCAAGAGUUUAAAGACGUGGGACUAAUGACUGGGGAUGUGACUCUUUCGCCUAAUGCUAGUUGUUUAGUUAUGACGACGGAGAUACUUAGGGGGAUGCUUUACAGGGGUUCGGAAGUUUUGAAGGAAGUGGCAUGGGUAAUUUUUGAUGAAAUUCACUAUAUGAGAGAUCGGGAAAGAGGUGUUGUUUGGGAAGAGAGUAUAAUAUUUUUACCACCGGCUAUCAAAAUGGUCUUCCUUUCUGCAACAAUGUCCAAUGCCACGGAGUUUGCUGAGUGGAUAUGUAAUAUUCACAAGCAGCCUUGUCAUGUGGUGUACACUGAUUUUCGACCAACUCCCUUGCAACAUUAUGUUUUUCCCGUGGGUGGCAAUGGGUUGUAUCUCGUGGUUGAUGAAAACGAACAGUUCAGGGAGGAUAAUUUUAUGAAGUUGCUCGACACAUUUGCUAAACAAAAACAGAUUGCUGGCCACAGGACUUCAAAUGGGAAAUCUAGUGGGAGAAUAGCUAAAGGUGGCAGUGGUUCCGGAGGUUCGGACAUUUAUAAAAUUGUUAAGAUGAUUAUGGAACGGAAUUUCCAACCAGUUAUUGUCUUCAGUUUCAGUAGAAGAGAAUGUGAACAACAUGCAAUGUCCAUGUCCAAACUUGACUUUAACACCGAUGAAGAAAAGGACACAGUGGAACAUGUUUUCAGAAAUGCGAUUCUCUGCUUGAAUGAGGAAGACAGAGAGCUACCUGCAAUUGAGCUAAUGUUACCUCUUCUCCAGAGAGGAAUUGCUGUUCAUCAUUCUGGGCUUCUUCCUGUAAUUAAAGAAUUAGUAGAGCUCCUUUUCCAGGAAGGUCUUGUUAAGGCCCUUUUUGCCACAGAAACUUUUGCCAUGGGUUUGAACAUGCCAGCAAAAACAGUUGUCUUCACUGCCUUUAAAAAGUGGGAUGGUGAUAGUCACCGAUUUAUUGGAUCUGGUGAGUACAUUCAGAUGAGUGGAAGGGCUGGACGUCGUGGAAAAGAUGACAGGGGUAUAUGUAUUAUAAUGAUUGAUGAGCAGGUGGAGAUGGGAACAAUUAAAGAUAUGAUUUUGGGCAAACCAGCUCCCCUUGUUAGUACUUUUAGACUGAGCUACUACUCAAUUUUAAAUUUAAUGAGCCGGGCUGAAGGCCAAUUUACAGCUGAGCAUGUUAUUAGACACUCAUUUCAUCAGUUUCAGCACGAGAAGGCAUUGCCUGAUAUUGGGAAAAGAGUGUCGAAGUUAGAGGAGGAAGCUGCCACACUUGAUGCUUCAGGAGAGGCUGAAGUUGCUGAAUACCACAAGUUAAAGCUUGAUAUAGCACAACUUGAGAAGAAGAUGAUGUCUGAAAUAACAAGGCCGGAAAGAGUUCUCUAUUUUCUUCUUCCUGGUCGGUUGGUUAAGGUAAGAGAAGGGGGGACAGACUGGGGUUGGGGAGUUGUAGUUAACGUUGUUAAAAAGCCCUCAGCUGGGUUAGGCAUCUUGCCUUCACGUGGUGGUGCUUAUAUAGUGGAUACCUUACUCCAAUGCUCUCCUUGUCUAAGCGAGAAUAGUUCACGACCAAAACCUUGUCCACCCCGUCCUGGAGAAAAGGGUGAAAUGCACGUGGUUCCAGUUCAGCUGCCUCUUAUUUCAGCCUUGAGCAAACUCAGAAUCUCUAUUCCUUCUGAUCUCAGACCCGUGGAAGCAAGGGAAAGCAUACUGCUUGCAUUGGAAGAACUGGGAACUCGUUUUCCACAGGGUUUUCCAAAAUUGAAUCCAGUUAAGGACAUGAGUAUUGAAGAUCCAGAAAUUGUUGAGUUGGUGAAGCAGAUUGAGGAACUUGAGCGGAAAUUAUAUUCUCAUCCUCUGCAUAAGUCACAUGAAGUGGACCAGAUUAAAUGUUUUCAGAGGAAAGCGGAGGUUAAUCAUGAAAUUCAAAUACUCAAGACCAAAAUGCGCGAUUCCCAGCUUCAAAAAUUUCGUGAUGAACUGAAGAACCGUUCUCGGGUCCUGAAAAAGCUUGGUCACAUUGAUGCAGAUGGUGUAGUUCAGUUGAAGGGGCGUGCAGCCUGCUUGAUUGACACAGGAGAUGAGCUCCUUGUUACUGAAUUAAUGUUUAAUGGAACAUUCAAUGACUUAGAUCAUCACCAGAUUGCAUCCCUUGCAAGUUGUUUUAUACCAGGAGACAAGUCCAAUGAGCAGAUACAGUUAAGAACCGAGCUUGCUAGACCAUUACAGCAACUCCAAGAUAGUGCGAGAAGAAUAGCUGAGAUACAACAUGAAUGCAAGUUGGAGAUAAAUGUGGAAGAAUAUGUGGAAUCAACUGUAAGGCCGUAUUUGAUGGAUGUCAUUUACUGUUGGUCAAAGGGAGCGAGUUUUUCAGAGGUGAUUCAAAUGACAGAUGUUUUCGAGGGUAGUAUCAUUCGAAGUGCUAGAAGGCUUGAUGAAUUCUUGAAUCAGUUGCGUGCUGCUGCCAAUGCUGUGGGGGAGGUAACCUUAGAGAGUAAGUUUUCUGCGGCCAGUGACAGCCUCCGCAGAGGUAUAAUGUUUGCAAACUCACUCUAUCUGUAGAUUGCCCUCUGCUUUGGUUGCAUCUUUAGGGGUUUAUGAAGCCUCUGGGGUUGUGGAUUUCAUCAACCAUCUGUCAUUGAGGUAUGCUUUCUUUUUAAUGUAUAAGAUGUACUGUAAUACAAUUUUUUGGAUAUUUUAGCAUUCACUAGAAAGAACAGAUAUUACAAUCUGAGAGGCUAACCAAUCACGCGAAACACUAACAGAACUGUUAGUGUAAAUGUUUUACACAAUUUUUAGUUGUUGUUUCCUUGGAGAAAAAUUGUUAAGUUUAGCUGUCCUAGUGGAAAUCUAGUUCUUAAAUCCUACAUUUUUAUUGGUUUAUUAAUUUACCGAUGGUUCUGGAAAA